AUCAAAUUUCAGCUCCAGGCGGUCCUCCCAGCCACGUGGGUUUAGCCGAAUAAAAAGCAAAACCACACUUCCUAAAAUGUGAGGAGCUGCGCUCAGCUUCCCGUGGGGCCCUUGGAUCGGGAGCUGUUUUUCCAAUGAGAGCAUAUCUGCUCACUGGGAUUUUAGUGUUUUGCUGUCAUUGUAAUGUUUUCAUCUGGUCUUCAUCACUUCUUCCAAACACUUCCCAAGAGGAUGGGGGCAGGAGCUCUCACCAUCUGUCAAAGUAAAGCAGCAGUUCGGCUGAAAGAAGACAUGAAAAAGAUAGUGGCGGUGCCAUUGAAUGAACAGAGGGAUUGUACCUAUAAGAAAUUAUUUGGGGUCAGUCUUCAAGAGCUUCAGCGGCAGGGGCUCACUGAGAAUGGUAUUCCAGCUGUUGUGUGGAACAUAGUGGAAUACUUGACGCAGCAUGGACUCACGCAGGAAGGCCUUUUUAGAGUGAAUGGGAACAUGAAGGUGGUGGAACAGCUUCGGCUGAAGUUCGAGCACGGGCAGCCUGUGGAGCUGGGGACAGAUGGUGACAUCUGCUCAGCAGCCAGCCUGUUGAAGCUCUUCCUGCGGGAGCUGCCGGAUGGGGUGAUCACCUCGGCCUUACACCCUCGAUUCAUUCAGCUCUUUCAGGAUGGCAGAAAUGACGCUCAGGAGAACAGCUUAAAAGACUUAAUAAAAGAGCUGCCAGACACCCACUACUGCCUCCUCAAGUACCUUUGCCAGUUCUUGACAAAAGUAGCCAAGCAUCACGUGCAGAAUCGCAUGAAUGUUCACAAUCUCGCCACUGUAUUUGGGCCAAAUUGCUUUCAUGUGCCAUCUGGGCUUGAAGGCAUGAAAGAACAGGACCUUUGCAACAAGAUAAUGGCUAAAAUCCUAGAAAAUUAUAAUACCCUGUUUGAAGUAGAGUAUACAGAAAAUGAUAAUCAGAGGUGUGAAAACCUGGCUAGGCUUAUCAUAGUAAAAGAGGCCAGCUGUAAGAACUCCCUACCGAUCGUUUUAACAAAGGCCUUGGAAAGAGACAUGCCCAAACCAUCUCCAAAAACCAAGAUCCCGAAGUCCAGGAGUGAAGGAUGUAUUCAGGCUUACAGAGUACCACAACCAGAGCUAUCCGAUGGCAUUCCUCAAGUCAGCCUGUGGCUACGUCGUAGAAAACCCUGCUUGGAAGACGUGAAUUCAGCAGAGGAUGCAAAUGGUGCCCAGUUGGUAUCCAGUUCACAGGAAGAUGAAAGACCUAUGUCACCUUUCUAUGUGAGCGCCCACGUAUCCCAAGUCAGCAAUGUUUCAACAACCGAAGAACUCUUAGAAAGAACCAUCCGGUCAGCUGUAGAACAGCAUCUUUUUGAUGUUAAUAGCUCUGGAAGUCAAAGUUCUGAGGACUCUGAAUCUGGAACGUCAUCAGCAUCUUCCACCACAUCCACCAGGCAGCGGCGACGCCAAUCCAAGGAGCAGGAUGAAGUUCGAUGUGGCAGAGACAAGGGACUUAUCAACAAAGAAAAUAUUCUUUCUGGAUUCAACAAUCCUGACGAUUGUAUUUUGAACACUCAGGAAGUCGAAAAAUUGCAUGAAAACACUUCCGGUUAUAUUGGAGAAAGGAGCAAACCUAAACGUCAGAAAUCCAGUACUAAACUUUCUGAGCUCAAUGAAAAUCAAGAUGGUAUUGUGAAUAUGGACAGUCUCAGUUCUGUACAGUCUCAGGAGAGGACUGGACCUGGUGGUGUUGAACGGAUGUCUGAUGAAAGCAAAGAAAAUGAAAAAGAUGGCGGAUAUACCCAGCAUUUUGAGGGCCCCAGGAUGAAGAUCCAGGAGCAUCCCAGCAUAUCUGACACCAGACAGCAGAGGACUCAAGAUGCCGAUGACCAGCAGGAGAGCUUCGUCUCGGAAGUGCCCCAGCUGGACCUGCCUGCAUUGUGUGGCGAGAAGAGCUGGGAAGAGCCCAUCCCCGCCUUGUCCUCCUGGCACAGGGGGAGCGUCGACCCUGACGAAGCCCGCCUGUCCCCGCAGGCCGGGCGGCUGAUCCGUCAGCUGCUGGACGGGGACAGCGACCCCAUGCUGUCCCCUCGCUUCUACCCCUACGGGCAGAGUCGGCAAUACCUGGACGACACGGAAGUGCCUCCUUCCCCCCCAAACUCCCACUCUUUCAUGAGGCGGCGAAGCUCCUCCCUGGGGUCCUACGAGGACGAGCAGGAGGACCUGACGCCGGCCCAGCUCACGCGCAGGAUUCAGAGCCUCAAGAAGAAGAUCCGCAAGUUCGAGGACAGAUUCGAAGAGGAGCGCAAGUACCGGCCUUCCCACAGCGACAAAGCGGCCAAUCCGGAGGUUCUGAAGUGGACAAACGACCUUGCCAAAUUCCGGAAACAACUGAAAGAGUCAAAACUCAAGAUAUCGGAAGAGGACCUAACUCCCAGGAUGCGGCAGCGAAGCAACACCCUCCCCAAGAGUUUUGGUUCCCAACUCGAGAAGGAAGAUGAGAAGAAGCAAGAGCUGGCAGACAAAGCAACAAAGCCCAGCAUCGAAGCCACGCUGGAGUCGAUCCAGAGGAAGCUCCAGGAGAAGCGAGCGGAGUCCAGCCGUCCUGAGGACAUUAAGGAUAUGACCAAAGACCAAAUUGCUAAUGAGAAAGUGGCCCUGCAGAAAGCCCUGUUACAUUACGAGAGCAUUCACGGCCGGCCGGUCACAAAGAACGAGCGUCAGGUCAUGAAGCCGCUGUACGACAGGUACCGGCUGGUGAAGCAGAUCCUGUCCCGAGCCAACACCAUACCCAUCAUUGGCUCCCCCUCCAGCAAGCGGAGAAGCCCUUUGCUGCAGCCAAUCAUCGAGGGCGAAACUGCUUCCUUCUUCAAGGAGAUAAAGGAAGAAGAGGAGGGGUCGGAAGACGACAGCAACACAAAACUGGACUUCACAGUCACUCUGAAAAUGGACUUCAGUGCACGAUGCUUUCUGGACCAAUUUGAAGACGAUGCUGAUGGGUUUAUUUCCCCAAUGGAUGACAAAAUACCGUCAAAAUGCAGCCAGGACACAGGGCUCUCGAAUCUCCACGCUGCUUCAAUACCUGAACUCUUGGAACACCUUCAGGAAAUGAGAGAAGAAAAGAAAAGGAUUCGAAAGAAACUUCGUGAUUUCGAAGACAAUUUUUUCAGACAGAACGGAAGAAACGUCCAGAAGGAAGACCGCGCUCCCCUGGCCGAGGAGUACAGCGCAUACAAGCACAUCAAGGCCAAACUGCGGCUCCUGGAGGUGCUCAUCAGCAAGGGGGCCGGCGACGCCCCGUCCGCGUGAGGACCGGCGACCUCCCGGGGCGGGGGCAGCCCUGUCCCCGCGUCCUGCCUUGGGCGCCGGCUCCGGCCAGGGGUGGGGGAAGCGGGGAUGGCCGCGCGCCCUGCGGGGAGAGGUCGCCAGCUAGACACGGUCACCUGCAGAGAACGUGCGCUGCCCGGCCGGGUCACUGAGAAGCCCGAGAACAUUCUCUGGGUCACUGAGCACAACACGCUCGGGACACGCUGGAGCCCCGCGUGCUGCCUCGGUCGUUCCCGGGACCUUCGCGGUGUGACUCGCCGUCCCCGCCCGCGCUCAGGCGGAGGGACGCUGCCUGCGGCCACCCCUCCCAGGAUGUGGCUUCACGGCUCCCUCAGCUGCUGGCCCGUGUCCAUCCCCGACCGGGACUGGAUGGCUGCACAGGACGGGGGACUGUCGCAGCGGCGCUGGGGCCGAGCCUGAGAGCCCUUCCCGGACGCCCCCCCGCUCUCGCCGCCUGGGACAGCGAAUGCCGGGCAGCCUGUCGCCGGCCCCAGCCGACUCUUAGCCUGAGUGGAGGGGACCGCGGGGGACAGCGAGCCCGUGUCCUCAGCCUCCUGAAUGCCACCAGGUUUAAUUAAA